AUGCUGAUAAAGGCAAUAGAAAAUGGAGAGUGGGCUGUCCUUGAAAAUGCAAAUCUCUGUAACCCCACGGUACUUGAUAGAAUCAACUCUUUGGUGGAACCUAGUGGAUCAGUCACUAUAAAUGAAUGUGGGAUUAUUGAUGGCGAACCUGUCACUGUUACUCCACACCCUAACUUUCGUUUGUUCCUGUCUGUUAAUCCAAAAUUUGGGGAGGUAUCAAGAGCAAUGCGUAAUAGAGGUGUUGAGGUAUUUAUGAUGGGGCCACAUUGGCAGCUUAAUGAGGUAGGCUCUAACAGUGAAGAGCUUGUGCUGAGAGAUGUGGAAAGGUUUUUUGCUCUGUCAGGUAUUCCAGGUUACAAGCUGGUUGCUUCCAUGGCUAAAGCUCAUGUUCAUGCAUGGCGUAAUGGUCAAACCUUUGGUGUACGAAUCACGUAUCUUGAGCUUGAACAGUGGGUUCACCUCUUCACACUGCUGCUCAUGAAUGGUAAUCAACUACUGUGGAGCUUACANCUAAGUUGGGAGCACAUCUAUCUCUCUUCACUUGGAGUAACUGAUGGAAAAGAAGUUGUUGAUCUUGGGCGUGACACAUAUUUAUCAGAUAUUGAACUUCCUGAGCUGGACUCAAUUACCGGUGGGGGUCUGUACCUGCCUGGGGGAUGGCCAAAGCCUUUCAACUUGAGAGACUUGAUGUGGUACUCAAGAGAAACUACUGUCAGGCAGAAUUGCAUGUAUCUGGAGUUCCUAGGAGCUCAGUAUGCAUCACAUCAGUCUGAAAUAAGCUGCAAUGUCAAAUUGAGAGAUAGGGAGUUGGCUGCUGGGGAACCGAGAAUAAUUUAUACUAUCGAUUCUCGGACGUUAAAAAAAAUCUUGUUUCCUAAAGCCUCAGUUAGGUCAACUUGUGCAGCAAGUAUUGAAAAUGAUUUGGCUUCUAAAAAGCUAUUAUAUGCUGCCAACUGGACGAUGGAACAGGCAACCGAAGAGGAUAUUCAACUCUAUCUUGGGUGGAUUAGUUGGUUUGGUUCCAAGCUGCAACAAUACUGUCCGUUUUUUCCUGUGUUUUCUCAAUAUGUUGAAUGA